AUGGCGACCACAAUGGCAGAAUCGGAGACCCGUCAGAGGCUGGUGCGCACCGUCAAGAAGGAGGUGAAGCAGAUUAUGGAAGAAGCUGUCACCAGGAAAUUUGUUCAUGAAGACAGUAGCCAUAUUGUGUCCUUCUGUGCUGCAGUGGAGGCCUGUGUUUUGCAUGGACUAAAGAGGCGGGCGGCUGGCUUUCUGCGCAGCAACAAAAUUGCAGCUCUCUUCAUGAAGGUGGGAAAGAGCUUUCCUCCCGCUGAAGAACUGUGCCGGAAAGCCCAGGAACACGAGCAGAUCCUGGAGACAAAACGCAGUCAAAGUCUGCAAAGCCAAGACAGUUUAAGAAAGAUCCCACGUCUACCCAGCCUCACGCCACAGACUGUCAAAAACCUAUGGAUCCGCACAGCUUUGUUUGAAAAGGUUUUGGAUAAGAUUGUCCUCUACCUGGUGGAAAACUGCAGUAAGUAUUAUGAGAAAGAGGCCUUGCUCAUGGACCCUGUUGAUGGACCUAUCCUUGCCUCAUUACUUGUUGGACCUUGUGCUUUGGAGUACACUAAAAUGAAGACGGCUGACCACUUCUGGACUGACCCUUCAGCGGAUGAGUUGGUCCAAAGACAUCGUAUCCACAGUGGCCACUGUCGGCAGGACUCUCCGACCAAGAGACCUGCGCUUUGUAUCCAGAAGCGCCACUCAAGCAGCAGCAUGGACGAACGGCCCUCCCCCUCGCCAUCAGCUCGUGAAUAUGUCGAGUCACUGCAUCAAAACAACAGGGCCACCCUCCUUUUUGGGAAAAACAAUGUGCUAGUACAACCGAAGGAUGAUAUGGAGGCGAUUCCAGGGUACCUCUCCUUGCACCAGACCGCAGACCUAAUGACUUUGAAGUGGACCCCCAAUCAGCUGAUGAACGGUUCAGUGGGAGACUUGGACUUGGAGCGCAGUGUUUACUGGGACUAUGCCAUGACAAUCCCUUUGGAGGAGAUAGUGUAUUUGCACUGUCAUCAACAAAUUGACAGCGGUGGGACUGUGGUGCUGGUCAGUCAGGAUGGGAUCCAAAGACCCCCCAUUCGGUUCCCCCGAGGAGGACAUCUGCUGCAGUUCCUGAGCUGUCUGGAAAACGGGCUGCUUCCACACGGACAGCUGGACCCUCCACUGUGGUCCCAAAGGGGGAAGGGAAAAGUGUUCCCCAAGUUGAAGAAGAGGAUUCCUCAGGGCUCCACAGACUCUGUGUCAGACAAAGAGGAGGAUGAAGCCACUGAUUACGUCUUCCGUAUCCUGUUCCCCAACAGUCAAUCAGAGUUUGCUCCGCCCCCAGAGCUAAUAGACCGUGAGGCGACAAUGUGGCAUCCGUCACUCCGAAAAUCCUCCUGCUCCUCCUGCUCUCCGGGAAGCUUCUCUGAGGGAACUACUCCUAAAGGAUGCAACCACGAGAGGACUCCUCUGAAGCUGCUAUGUGACAACAUGAAAUCUCAAAUAAUUUCUCGUGCAUUUUAUGGAUGGCUUGCGUAUUGCCGUCAUCUGUCCACUGUGCGCACACACCUCUCGGCUCUGGUCAAUCACACCAUCGUGGACCCCCAAGUGCCCCAUGAUGCCUGCAAAGGGUUAACAGUAGAAGUGUGGCAUGCGUUUCGACAAAACUCCACUACUUAUGAAGAGAAGGAGCUGCAGCGUUUGGUGUAUUUUGGAGGUGUGGAGCCUUCUCUGCGGAAAGAGGUGUGGCCUUUCCUUUUGGGGCAUUAUCAGUUUGGGAUGGCUGAAGAUGAAAGAAAAGAGGUGGAUGAGCGAGUGCGCCUCUGCUACCAGCAGACCAUGUGCGAGUGGCAGAGCUGUGAGGAAAUCAUCCGCCAGAGGGAGAAGGAGCAGCACGCCGUAGCAUUAGCCAAGUGUUCCUCGGUGGCCAGCAUGGACAGCUCCAGCCAGAGGGCCGUGCAUCACGACUCCACUGUGAGCAACGAGUCCUCCCAGAGCUCCGACAGGCAGAGCCUUGCACGCCUGCAGAGCGACUCCAGCAACAGCACACAGGUUUUUGAGUCUGUCGAGGAGGUGGAACAGAUUGAGAUUGAACCCAGAACUGAGGAGCCCAAACCGUCCCAGCAGAAGAUCACAAACGGGGCCCUGCAGAACGGCACAAGCUCUCCUGAUUCGGGACACCCAUCCUCGCGCAAUUUUUCUGUCACUUCCGGCUUGUCUGAUGUCUCGCUCAGCACCGAGGACAGCGCCCAAGCCCAAGCUCCACAAAGCCUUAGCCGACCCCUACAAGAUAUAGAAGAUAGACAGGCAAAAAGUGAAGCAGAGGGAGAGGCAACUCAAUUGGAAAGAGGAGAAGUUAUGAAUGAAGACAGUAACAUAGGUGGAAUGAGGACGGAAGAGUCUGCUAAUGUGGUUACAGAGCCGUCAGAGCUGGUUAUGGAAUCCCACAGAGAAGCAGAAAAUGACAUGUUGAACUCUGAAGAGACCAGUGCAACUCAAAGUGUUUUAUCAGCAGACGUGAAUGACCCAGCUGUGAAAGAGGAAAAUCAGAACCUUGCCUUGCCCACAGAUAUGCCACAAACAGAAUCUACCUACGGCGAACUGCCCAGCACCACAGAGUCUGACGAGUCGCCCUCAGCCAUAGAGAUGGAGGAGAUCCCCAAAGCCAAAGUGUCUCUGGUGCCAUGGACCGAGGCGGGGCGCGGAGCAGAUAGAGCGGUAGAUGAAGGAAAGCCCAGUCCAGAGGGAACAGAAUCCUUAUUGUCUGAUGAGCCAGAAAUGGAGAGCAUAUGUCCGCACUUUACUGAUGCAGCAGAAGAGAAUAAGAAGGAGGAACACUCUCCAGGAGGACCUUUCUCACAAGAGCUUUUAGAUUUGUACACGCUCAACCUUCAUCGCAUUGAUAAAGAUGUCCAACGGUGUGACAGGAAUUACUGGUACUUCACUCCAGCCAAUCUGGAGAAGCUACGAAAUAUAAUGUGCAGCUAUAUUUGGAGGCAUCUGGACAUCGGUUAUGUGCAGGGGAUGUGUGAUCUCCUGGCUCCUCUCCUCGUCAUCCUCGACGACGAGGCCUUGGCAUUUAGCUGCUUCACUGAGCUCAUGAAGAGAAUGAAUCAAAACUUUCCACAUGGAGGAGCCAUGGAUACACACUUUGCUAAUAUGCGCUCUCUCAUUCAGAUCUUGGACUCUGAGCUGUUUGAGCUUAUGCACCAGAAUGGAGACUAUACUCACUUUUAUUUCUGCUACCGCUGGUUUCUUCUCGACUUCAAGAGAGAGUUGGUGUACGAUGAUGUGUUCUCUGUUUGGGAAACCAUCUGGGCUGCCAAGUGUGUCUCAUCCAGUCACUUUGUGCUCUUCAUUGCCCUGGCGCUGGUGGAAAUCUACAGAGAUAUAAUUCUAGAGAAUAAUAUGGACUUCACAGACAUUAUUAAAUUCUUCAAUGAAAUGGCUGAGCAUCACAACAUAAAGCAGAUUGUGACUUUGGCUCGAGACCUGGUGUGCAAAGUGCAGAUGCUGAUUGAGAACAAUUACGCUGUUAGCUCAAACACAAGCCAUUACUGUUCAAAGAGGGACACGCGCCCAUCCAAGGUACCCCAAGUGCCAACAUGGGAGCCAGUUCUGGAAGACCAGUUGCCACCACCUUCUUCAGUCCCACUUGAUCUUGUGGACAAGCUGGAGAGAUUGGCCUUAGUGGAUUUCAGAACGAAACAGGGACUGUCCCGUUUGGAGAAAGCCAUUCGAUUUGCUGACCAGCUUCAUGUAGUGGACACUUCAGGAGUUGAACCAAUGGACUCUGUAUUAGAAGACAGGGCGUUAUAUUUGAGGAGUGAUGUGGUGACAGAGGGUAACUGUGCUGAAAAACUCCUUGAACUCUCCAAAAUAACUGUAGAGGAAUAUUUUGUUGCACCUCCAGGAAACAUUCCUUUGCCAAAAAGAGAAGAGAGGACCACCAUGCUUAAAGACUCUGAAUGCUGA